UCAGCUGGAUACCAUACAACUCGAAAGUGAUUUUUAACAAACAAGGAAAUAUAAGCAAAAAUGAAAGUGUUCGCGGCGGUUAUUCUUUGCAUUCUGAUUGCCCACGAGGCCACAUCCCAGUAUUCGAGAUGCGUGAACCCCAACCAAAGGUCUGGACUUUGUGCGCCCAUUAAUGAAUGUCAGACACUGUACGCGGUGUUGCAGAAGGCCAGAUUAACCGAUCUGGAGAAGAGUUUCAUCAAGAACUCGGCCUGUGGAAUGGGCGCGGAUAAUCGACCUUUUGUCUGCUGCACUCAGGACACGGGUUAUGUGAGGAAUCAGAGGAAGACUCCUUCCUUUCCCGACUACGAUGGCUUUGGAGGAGAUUGGGAGGAGGAGAGGCCACAGAGCUUUGCUUUUACCCGACAAGAAACGCGUCCUUGGAGCUUUGGCAACCAAAAUAACCAGCAAGCCAGAGAUAGGACCUCAGUUCAGCAGACCUCAACUGGUGAUGGAUCCAAUUUACUCCCCCAGCCGCCCAGCUGCGGGGGCGUGGCCAUCAGGAACAGGAUCUACGAUGGCCAGGACACCGAUCUCAAUGAGUUCCCCUGGAUGGUCCUGCUGGAGUACCGCAGACGGACUGGAAACGGUCUGUCCACCGCCUGUGCAGGAUCCCUCAUCAAUCAGCGAUAUGUCCUCACGGCAGCCCAUUGUCUUACGGGAAGAAUCGAGCGGGAGAUCGGAACACUUGCCUCGGUGAGAUUGGGUGAGCAUGACACAAGAACGGCGGUGGAUUGCCCCCCAGGUGGAGGAAGUUGCUUGCCGGAGGUCCAGCGUUUGGGCUACGAAGAGAUCCGGGUUCACGAAAGAUACAGCGAAAAGGCCACCAACCAAGUGCACGAUAUUGGCUUGAUUCGCUUGGAGCGCAAUGUUCGCUAUUCGGAUAACAUUCGACCCAUUUGCCUGCCCUCGUCUGUGGGUGCUGAGACCCGUCAGCCGGGUCAACAGUUCACCGUAGCUGGAUGGGGUCGCACCCUGAAGUCGGCCCGUAGUGCCGUCAAGCAAAAGGUCACCCUGAGCUAUGUGGAUCCCGCCAAGUGUCGUCAGAGGUUCUCGCAAAUCAAGGUCAAUGUAGAAUCCACUCAACUCUGUGCCGGUGGACAAUUCCGGCAGGAUAGCUGCGAUGGCGAUUCCGGCGGACCCCUGAUGCGAUUCCGAGGCGAUUCCUGGGUCCUCGAGGGCAUCGUCUCCUUUGGCUACAAGUGUGGUCUUAAGGACUGGCCCGGUGUCUACACGAAUGUGGCUGCCUACGACAUCUGGAUCAGGCAGAAUGUGCGGGCCUAGACAAGUCCAUUGAACUCCCUAUACGUUCAAAGCGAAAAUUGUGAUCUUUACUAUCCUUAACUUAGUAUAGCGACUAACUUAGAUUUUAGUAGCCCCUUGGAAUAUUUAUAUUUUAUACAAAUACAAACAUUUUAACAUUAUA